AUGGCGGCUGGGGAGCAGCUUGCGCGGGUGGCCAAAAGUCUAGAGAUGCUGGAAGAGCAGCUGAAGAGCUUGGCAGACAUGGCCAGCAGUUUGGAACCCGCCGAAGCCAAAGAAAGUACCCGUGAAGUCAUCCACAGCCUGACAGCGCUGGAGCAAGAUCUCGAGGCAGCCCGAGAAGGUGCUGGUGGGGCAGAUCCUGAACAGUCUCAAAAGCUGAGGAAACGCAUCACGGAUGCAACCACCAAAGCCUCCCGUCUGCGGGCGACUGCUUCGAACAAGCACGCGCAGCUCAUGGAGCCAGUCCGGACCGAGGUGGCACAGGCAAUCUUAUCUCGCCUGGCCAAGAAGAAGGAGGAUCAAGAUGCUUUUGCAAUGGCUGAUGUCGAUCAGGAUGGCUUCGUCUCGCGGAGCGAGUUUCAGAACUUUGUGAACGACUGUCCGGGAAACUUCUCUAAAGAUCAGCUUCACAAGCUCUUCGACUAUUUGGACGACGCACGUGUGGGCCGUCUGGAACGUGAUGAAUUCAUGCGCUCUGUGGUCGUGUUUUACAGGGUCUCCCGACCCAGCGUAGAUUUGGUGCAGACAAUGGGGGUGGCACAAGGGAAGCUUGUAAGAAAGCUUGAUGUGAAUGAGAUCUUGGAGUUGAUUGAGGGGCCCAUCAAGGAGAUUAACAAAGUGGUGAGAGUGAAGUGCCGUGCUAUGAGAGAUGGGGCUAUUGGCUGGGCGACGGCCACUGGCAGCAACGGUGUAGUCUUUGUUGAGCAGAAACGCGUUCACUUUCAAGUGAAGAGCACCACCACAUUGACAGACCUCCUGUCUGUGAAAGCCUGUAGCACCAUUCGACAGCUCAAGGAAGGUGAGCUACUGGAAGUUUUAGUUUGGGAGAAGGUUGAUCCAACAACCGGCCUCCGUCGUCUGAAGGGCAGAGCAUUGCGUGAUGGUUGUGUUGGGUGGGCGACCAUCGAAGGAAAUGGGGGCACAGUUCAUCUCACAAUGGUCUAG